ACUGAGGCCAUCGCCCCAGCUGCGGCCACGGUCAGGAAACGACCGCGUAUCGACCUCGGCGGCCUUGGGGAACGGAAACGCGGCAAGAGCAUGUUUGGUAUUGUGCUAGGUACACUGAACAAGGCCAAGAUUGAGGACAAGGAACGCAAUGCUAGCGACGCGGCGAAGAAACGUCAUUUGAUUGAGCAACGGCUACAAACGAAGCUCAAGAGGGAAACUGACUCGGUACGUCGCGCUGAAGAGGCCAAGAAGGACAAGACGAGCGCGACUAGGAAAGAGGAGGAGCUGCAAUUCAAGGAUUCUAUCCAAAAACUCCGUCGUACACGCUACCCCAUUCUCGCCAACUUCCUCCUCACCUCCGACAUCAUCCCAUCCACCGACUCCGAAGCCGCCAUGAAGACGGAGGACUCUCAGGCUGAAGGAAGGCCACCAGUAAAGCUGACAUCCCCUUCUCGUUCCCACCCGCCACCACUGUACUAUCUCCCCGCCGUCCUCUUACCCUCGCAGGAAGCCUUCCUCACCAGGCGCAAGGCAGAGGUUUCGAAAGCUGCCGAAGCGGAAUGGACCGCCUUCCGCGAAGAACGCUCCGCAGGCAUAGAGGAGAUCCAUACCCUCCGUGAGCGUGUCGCCGAGGAAGACGCUCGCCGGCGGAAAGAGCAGGAGGAGAAGAAGCUUGCGGCGGGCGAAGGGCUGGAUAAGGAGCUGGACGAAGCCAAGGCGAAGGACGAGGAUAUGAAAGACGACUCGCCGAAGGCAGAGACUGCGGAAAAGGCUGCAGAGGCACCCAGUGCACCGGCCCCAGCGGCAGCAAAGGAAGACGUGGAGAUGGAAGUGGACGAUGGCGCGCCGGCUGCCAAGAACACUGGCGCUCCAGAGCCUGUAAAGGAGAAGGAAGGGCAGGAGCGUGCGGAUGAAGAAGAUGCUGUUGAGUAUUAG